AUUGGCAAGCUAGGAAAUCCAUUUGACAUUUUACAUUUGCGACUUUAUUGUUGCGAUCCACAUUUCCCCUCAGUACGAGAGUAAAGAUGACAUGAAGCCUGUUGUGGUUCCAGUUCUAGUUCUCAUUAUCACCCUCUUGCCACAGAACGCUGCUGAUAGCACAACCAUUAAACUCGAUGAAGGUUACUGUAGAAAUUCUCUGUCACCGUCGGUCAACCCCGAGAAGCUAAAGCCAGGCAAUACAAUCAAACUUGUGUGGAAUAGUCCUUCAAUCGAAAGAUGUUCGGCAUAUUUCAGAGGUGUGGGGGAGGACAUCAAGGACUUGUACAAGGUGUGUGUGAGACCUCUGUCAUACACAGUAAAGGACUGUGAUGUGGAGUUAACUUAUUCCCAGGGAGUCAGCAUUGCAAAGUCCUACACAUGUUACAGUACUCCCUCUACAUGGUGUACAGAAGCGGGAUCUAACCUUCUUAUCCGAAUCAAAUCCUCCUCCAGUUUAUUGGAUAAGAUCAUCCCAGAUGUUUUAAAACCAUCAGUGACAGCGUCCAUGACUCUGGAGUUGUACACUGAGGAGGUGUAUACUGUAGGUGCCUAUACUAAGCUGGGGAUGAUCAUUGGAGCAGCAGGAGGUGGUAUAGUCGGUGUGGUCUUUAUAGUCAUAUUUGUGGUGUGUAUUGUCCAGCACGUGAGAAGUAAACGGAAACAACGUGAUGAAACUCACAACAGACGUCAAUGUCACGAUUUACCCCUCUCACAGAGAAGUGACCAAAGAGCCAACGAUAAUCUGAUCUCCCCAUCCUCAAUACCGAGCUCAGUUGAUGUUAACAUAGAUGGAAAUAAAUAUAAGCUAGCAGAUCCGGCUGACCUUCCUCCCCCAUCUUAUGAUGAAGUUAUGGCCCUAGAGACAGAAGAAUCAAGGCCAACAACAUAACCAUGGCAACAUCGCAAGAGCUUCACAUCACCAUGGCAACAUCGCAAGAGCUUCACGUCACCAUGGCAACAUCACAAGAUGGAUUUCACAUCACCAUUGCAACAUCACAAGAUGGAUUUCAUAUCACCAUGAUUCACUUUACCCUGGAAUCAUAAUAUGGUACAUAGCCAUUAUUUCACAAAGUGAACCUCUUCCGGAAUUUUUGAAUAAGCCCUCUAUUUAUUGGUUUUUAUUCAGCUGGUUGACUUUGAAUUUGACAGUUGUUUGUGUGUAAUCGAUGAAAAUAUUUCAGGAAUUUCCAGUUCAUUUAUUUGCCGAACUUAGCACUAGAUUUUAAAGAGCUGACAGGACAAACCAGCUGAUAUGAGUGAUUAAAUCAAUCCCUACCUUGAGCAUGUGGUCAAUGAAAUUUCAAUGCAAGGGUGAGAUUCUUUAAUCUUAAACUGAGGCUCGACUGAGGGAAGAAUAUUCAAGAUUCUUACUCAGAGGGUUGAAAUCAUUUGCAACAAGGUUGGAAAUGAUUAUUUUUCUCCCACCUAUUUCCUUCAAGUUUCCCUACAACUUCAAUAGUGAUUUCCCUCCUUAUUAUCUUUUUAUACAAGCAGCAUUAGUUAUAGUGUCAGCAGUAUUAGUUUAUCGCAGUAAGGCAUUAAUUCAAAUAUGUAAGAAAUGCUUGUCAAAUAUGCAAGCUUUUUCAAAACUUUAUUAUGAUGCCAUCCUUGUACUCACUUGCAGUUCAUGAUCAGAAGGUCACUGUAAUCUGUCAUACCCUCUAGGGGUUGAGAGAGAAAUCUUUAAAAGCAAACAUUAAAGACAAGCAAGUGAAUGGUGGGAGAAGUGGAAUGGCCUAGCGGUUUCCCUAAAGUAUGCUUGUUUUUACACUUUGAUUAGGGUAUGUGGUUGUUCCUUAACUAUCAGUUUUAUCUGCCCUGGUUCUAGUGUAAGCUGUGGCAAAAGACACACUGUGAUAGCUCUUUAUAAUAAACUUUAACAUUCCUUAUCCCAGUAGCCUACCAGAAACAUGACGGACAAACUGUAAACUUUAUAAAGAUUUAUUUUAGUAUCUGACACCUGUUAACUUGAUAGAUCAGUAUCUGAUACCUGUUAACUUGAUACAUCAGUAUCUGAUACCUGUUAACUUGAUACAUCAGUAUCUGAUAUCUGUUAUUAAACUUGAUAGAUCAGUAUCUGGCACCUGUUAACUUGAUAGAUCAGUAUCUGAUACCUGUUAACUUGAUACAUCAGUAUCCAGUUAGUUUAUUGACUGGCUUGGUGAAAAUGCAUAUACCAGUUUAUUAGAAAGGCUGAAAUCAUGAAAAAAAGAGUUUAUAAAACUGCUGUUGAUAUUUUAUACUUAUAAAGGCAUUAUUGUAUAUUAUAACAUUUAUAGUGUGUAAUAUUUCAGGGUAUUAGAUACCAUCACUUAAGCAUUGAUGUCUUCUUUUUUUUAGUUUCAUCAGGGUAUGAAACAAAUUUUGUUUGCAAACUGUAUGAAUCCGCAUAGCGCAUACCCCUAUGAAACU